UUUCACUUGAUAUAAGUUUGUAUUUUCAGAAUGUUUACUAAAAAAUUAUUUGAUUCUCUUUUAAAUAUUAAAAGGCAAUUUUCAACAUCUUCAUCCAAGUAUGAUUUACUGGUUUUGGGUGCGGGUCCUGGUGGAUAUACCAUGGCGAUAAAGGCCGCUCAACACGGUUUAAAAGUCGGUGUAGUUGAAAAAAGACCAACUCUUGGUGGAACUUGUCUUAAUUGCGGCUGUAUCCCCUCCAAAUCAUUACUCAACACUUCACAUCUCUACCACUUGAUGAAGAAGGGAGUGAAUGGGUUAAGGAUUACGGGUCUUGAGACUGAUGUUGGUAAGAUGAUGGAGGAGAAGGACUCGGUGAUGAGGACGUUGAACAUGGGCAUUUUCGGUCUUUUCAAGAAGAAUAAAAUUGAUUAUAUUCAAGGAACUGCUUGUUUCAAGAGUCAGAACGAGGUUACAGUAGGCUCUAAAGUGUUAUUAGCCGACAAAGUAGUCGUGGCUACAGGCUCUGAAGUGAGACCGUUUCCUAGUGAAUCACUUAAAGUUGAUGGUAAAUAUUUUCUUUCAUCCACUGAAACACUUUGUUUGGAUAAGGUUCCCAAUCGCCUUUUAGUGAUUGGUGCAGGCGCUAUCGGACUCGAAUUAGCUUCAGUCUGGAGUCGCUUAGGCUCUAAAGUUGAUAUCUUCGAAUUCAAUAAUCAGAUUUGCUCCGUUAUGGACACGGAUGUCUGUGUAACAAUGAGAAAGAUCUUGGAGAAACAAGGCCUUAAUAUCCAUACCGGCACCAAAGUCCUCAACGCUAAAGUUACCAACAACACCGUCACUCUCACCACUGAGUCUGAGGGUAAGGAGAUGAGUUAUGUCGGUGAUAAAGUAUUAGUGGCCAUGGGUAGAGUACCAUACACUGAGGGCCUGGGAAUAGAUAAAUUAGGUGUUACACUGGACUACGGUAAAGUCCCAACCGAUAACAACCUACGUGUGUUGAAGGAUCCCAAGGAUCCGAAUUCUGUGGUGGAAAAUGUGUAUGCUAUUGGUGAUGUCACUUAUGGUCCAAUGCUAGCCCACAAAGCUGAAGAAGACGGACUCAUCGCAUUAGGGCACAUUCUAGGAAAGAGUUUUGUCCACCAUCCACAAGGUGUAACAUUAGGCAGUGUACAAGUGGUACCCAAUGUAAUCCCUUCUGUAAUAUACACAGAGCCAGAAAUAGCUGGCGUAGGAGAAACUGAACAAAACUUGCAAAAAUUAGGAGUAAAAUAUAAAAAAAGUGUAUUCCCAUUCAUGGCCAAUUCAAGAGCUAAAAUAUAUAAUGAAUCUGACGGCUUCAUUAAAUUAUUAAGCACCGAGGAGAAUAAGUUAUUAGGCGCCUGGAUGAUUGGUCCGCAUGUGUCAGAAAUGAUACAUACAACUGCGCUGGCAAUUACUUACGGCGCUUCAUCUGAAGAUGUUACCAGGAUGUGCUUCGCACACCCCUCACUCUCCGAAGCCAUCAAAGAAUCCUCACUAGGCAUACACUUUAAACCCUUACACUUCUGAAUUAUUACUGAGUAUCAUAGCGUUGGCAUUAGUAAGUGUAAACUCGUGAUAACAAAUUUGUCAAUUUUGUCUACUCGUGACAAAAGAUGUGUAAACUCAUGACAACAAAUUGUAUAGUUGGUGUAAACUGGGAAUAACAGGAACGAGAGCCAAUUUCCGUAUCCUCUAAGGAGAGGAUCUAUUAUUACUAAUAUAUUAAUACUAAAUAUGUAAUAAAAUUUAUAUUUAUUUUGUGGGUGUGUAGGAUGUUGUGUAAAAUGCUGAAAAUUUAACAAAUCUAGCUCAAAAAUUAUCAAAUCCAAUGUGACAAUUGAUUAAACAAUGAUAAAAUUGUUGUUUUAGUGGAUAUAUGAAGAGGAUUUGAAGUA